GAAUUUUCCCACCAGUGGCGCUGCAUAUUGUUUGUCCAGCUGACUUCUAUCUCCGCAUUAAACUUUCAUUGAGGAAUGUUUUAUGUUUAAAAAAACGUAAAACAUAACAGAAUUACUUAUAUUCGUGAAGGAAUUAAAGUAUAAGUAAGAAUAAACAAGUAUCCUUCCACCGGUGGAGUUAUCCCAUCGCAAAAGGACAGUCAAAUACUGACGCGGCUCCUAGGUGCUUCGCGAUAAGCAAAACAGAAGAGAAAAAUAGUCGAAAAAAUUGCCAAGAUAUGUUUUAAACUUAUUGUGGGACUAGCAAGGCUCAUAAAAACAAGCAAUGUGAUAGGAAUAUACUGAAAAGUCCAGGAAAUCAUCAAGAUGGCCGACGCCUACUGCUUAACAAACUUUAUUGAUUUUUCCCUGUCGCUGUCGCUCCCGCUGAAGCAUCACAAUCGCAUCAAGUACACAUGCUUCGACAUAUCCGACUGCUAUAUCAUUUUUGGAGCUUCAUCCGGAUCUUUGUACCUGUUCAAUCGCAAUGGAAAGUUUCUGCUGCUGAUCCCGAAUAAACACGGAGCUAUCACUAGCCUCAGUAUUUCGGCAAACAGCAAAUAUGUAGCGUUUGCAACGCAGCGAUCAUUGAUCUGUGUCUAUGCGGUUAAUCUCUCCGCUCAGGCCACGCCCCAGGUGAUAUUCACGCAUCUUGAUCAGUCGGUGCAGGUCAGCUGCAUCCACUGGACCCAGGACGAGAAGCAGUUCUACUAUGGAGACUCGCGGGGACAGGUCAGCCUGGUGCUGCUCUCCUCGUUUAUUGGCCACAGUUUGCUAUUCAACAUGACUGUGCACCCGCUUCUCUAUCUGGACUCGCCCAUUGUUCAAAUUGACGACUUCGAGUCCCUUCUUCUUGUCUCCAACUGCACCAAGUGCAUUCUCUGCAACACCGAAUACGAAGAAUACAAACAGAUUGGAAACCGGCCAAGAGAUGGUGCCUUUGGCGCUUGUUUCUUUGUAUCGCCGCAGGAAGGAGUACAGCCGUCUCGAAUUUAUUGCGCCCGUCCUGGGAGUCGCGUGUGGGAGGUAGACUUCGAAGGCGAGGUUCUCCAGACGCACCAGUUUAAGGCUGCUCUGGCCACCGCUCCUGUAAGGAUUCAGCGACCAGGCAAUGGAAAUGACGAGCUGGACUCCAAUGCCGAGCUGCUGGACUACCAACCGCAGAAUCUUCAGUUUGCCAAAGUCCAAAGACUAGGCGAGGACUUUCUUUUGGCUUUCACGGAGCUGGGAUUAUAUGUGUUUGAUGUGCGUCGAUCGGCGGUGGUGUUGUGGUGCAAUCAGUUCGAGAGGAUCGCUGACUGCCGGCCUUCCGGAUCGGAGAUUUUCGUGUUUACCCAGUCGGGCGCACUUUAUAGCGUUCAACUGCAAACUCUUCAGUCGCAUGCCAUUUCCAUGAUGCAACAAUCCAAACUGCUUCCCUGCGCAAAUCUUCUACGUCAGAAUGUCCGGUAUUUUGCGGACAAAGCACGGGAGGACUAUGAAUUGAAGCAGCUGAAUCCAUUAAAGCAGCUUUUAAUCGAGCGACAGGAAUACGAGUUAUUAAAUGAUAUAUCCGUGAUAUUCGACUCGAUAUCCCAGUGCACCGGAAGCGCGUUGGAUACCCACAGUUCAGGAGGAAGUUCUGCUACCACAGAGCGCAGCCUAAGCGGAGGAAGCUCUGCCAAACCAACGCCGAAAGGUGUCUACGUUUUAGAGAACGCCUUUUGUGAUAACCUAAAGCAACCUCCGAAGUCGGGACAUUUCAAAGACGCUUUACUCACCGUAACUGGCAAGUUUGGAAAGAACAUUAUCAAGUACAAGUUCAACAUUUUCGCUGAGGAGCAGCAGCAGCUGGUGAGGGAAUUGAUUCCGGCCAGUGAGCGUUCGCUUCCUUUUAAGGACAUUAAGGCUAGAUACGAAUCUGGAUCCGAGGACCAGGAGGAAGAGAUAGUUCGCCGAUGCAAGAGACCUUUUCCGCAGGCUCCGCACAUUACUCCCGAGGAGAAGACACUUUACAAUCUCUACUUGAUCGCCAAGGGUUCUCGAUAUAGCCGGAGGCAAUGCGUUGAGCGCUACAGAGCAGUGUUUGAUGAAUACGCAGCUUCUGAGUUGGUCAAUCUGCUGGAGAAACUGGCAAAGGUCAUGGUCGAUCAUGGGGACACGAUAGACUUGGCAAAGCGAAACUGCUACGAGAUGUACUUCGAUUACCUGGACCAGGAUUUGAUAUGGGAGGUGGAUGACGCGACAAGGGACUACAUCGCUUCCGGUUUUAUUCUACUGAAUGCUCCAGGGAAUACGGAAAUUGUGCGCUGUGAGCAUUGCUCCUUCCCCCUGCGGUUCGACACCUCGUGCCAAUAUCACGAUUUGGGAGCUGUGCUCCUUCGAUAUUAUUGGUCCCGGGGCGAUCAGCUGAAGUGUUUCGACGUGGUACAUGCCGUUCCUGCUCUGCUGGAUGUCUUGGCCAAGUUCUACCUAGCCGAACAGAAUCUCCCAAAGGUAGUCGCCAUCGUUCUGAACUAUGGAUUGCCAGAGCUACUGGUCGAUGUUGGAAAGCAAUUCAAUGUUGGAGCGUGGGCGCGCUGUUUCGAGCAGUUUGUGGACCUCCAACGCGGCCAGCUUGUGUGCGCCAAUUGCGAGUGCGUUUCGGGCGUGGAGAGCGAGCAGUUGGGACGACACUUCUUCUACAACUGGAACUGUUUCCUAAAUAUAGCACUGGACCACAUGGCCGCUAGGGAUACCUUAGCCUUGAUCUUUAAAUGGAGCACGUACAUUCCAAACGACGCCAUCGACAGGGAGUUUUAUUCCCGCUGCCUGCUCAAGGGCUAGGACACCUAAAUACAUACACAUAUAUACGAUACUAUAUAGCCAUAUUUAUUGUUCCCACUAUUUAAUCUCAAGCUAAGGCCAAUACCAAAAGCAUUUAUUCUAUAUAAAAAUGUACACCCCCGAUAUGUAUAUUGCAAAUAAGCAGAAAAGUGCAUGAAUAUAUACAUGAGUUCGAUGUUAGAACAGUUGUCUAUAUUAUUUCGAUUUUCGAAAACGAAUUUUAUGCGAAUUUCCCUUGAUUUUUGCUUCAGAUAGGAAAUCUGGAAAAGCGACUGACGCUUGAAAAAAAAACAACACUAUAACAUAGACACAAAAAGUUUUGGCCAAAUUGAUACAAAAUUUCAACUGCCCAGCAACUUUUCUCUUCCAUCAGAAACAAAUAACAGCCUAGGAGAGAUCGACGCAUCAAAAGCGAAAGUCAACUAAAUUUAACUUAACGCAAAUCGUUUGAAUUAAUAAAUCCUCCAUCAAGUCGAAUAAGUGCAACGUCAAAGGCAAUGAACGCUUAAUUAUUGAAGCAACGAAUUCAAACAAAGCGCCCAAAAGUAACGUCUGCUGUCCAUCGAUACCCAUCGAUAAAUUGGUCAAAAAUUAGCCCAUGUUGAGCAAAUCUGGCAACGACCUCCUGCACAGCUUACUUAGGUCAUACAACUAAUCAGAUUUAAAUUCUCUACAAUUGGCAGAACAUUUCAAACGAAAUUCAAAUCUGUUAACACAGCAGUGAGACCAGUCUAUUGCCAGGCAUUCAUCAAGCGUUAGCCCUCAAGAACCUCCUGGCAUUUCACUCUGCCAUCCGGCAACUCCGUGAUUAGACACGCGUCUGACAGCGAAGAAAAUCGUCAAAAAAUCAGCAUUUUUCAAGCCAGCACGAUUGCAAAGCGCUUGUAAUUGUCGUGGCACAGCAAUCCUAAGCCGAAACGUCUCAGUUUCAAGCGAACAAAGAAUUCUGUGCGAUAAUAAAUCAAGUUCAGAACCCAGAUCUCGUUCAUUUAAAUUAUUUAGACGAGAACGCAGUAGCUUGUGGAACGUAAGAAGUUGUCGGAAAAUCUAAGGAAAAACGUAUAGACACCAAGUGCAACACAAACACAACGAUCAUAUACAUUUUUUUGUCGUCGCAAAUUGCAAGUGUGCACCAGUAAAAAGCAAAAAAGCGUAACAAUAGAAAAAUUUUCCUAAACGGAAAGCAAGAAAAAAAAAGCAACUGAUUGGAGGAUAAUAUGAGUAAU